AAGAGAAACAUUGUACCUACAUAACAAUAUUAUAAAGGAACUUUUGUUUUUCAUUGUAAAUGAUAUUAUGUAUGAUAUAGGUGGUUUGUAUUAUAGUUUACGGAGUUUAGUGAUUUUUCGUAUUCCACGGAAAAAAAAAUUAUUAUAAUCGCCGACAAUUAUUAUACACUUCACACUCACAGUGGGGAGGUUAUCCGCGGUCAGGUCAUACGAGUUAUCGCCCAUAUUCCUUAUAGAAAGGUCAUUACAUCCACCUUAAAUUGUAUUAAUUUUUUUUUUUUUUUUCAUAUAUAUUAUGGAACCAUACUCUAUGAGUGGAACGAUUAUAUUAUUAUACAUCCGCGGCCGGUCCCUAUAUACGCGUGUAAUUAUUUACGAUGUAUUUGUAUGCGAUAUAGCAUUCGUAUUCAUCGCGCGCCACACCACUUCCCCCACCCACUUUCUCACGACCAGCAACACAAUAUCUAAAACCUCCUACUCCAUAAUAAACACACGUCGUGUUUCCUACGACAGUAAGAGUGUAAGACUGUUCGUGGUCGACUCUCGCAGUCUCGCAUUGACACAGUGUGCACUGUGCAGGGAUCAGUGAAGGUUCACGUUCGAAAUUUUGAGGUGCUGAGAGAGACCGUUCGACUAGGUACCAUUCCAUGGUUUUGAUCUUGGAAUUAGAUUCGAAUACUUAUUCGUUGACUUGACUACCGCCCACAUAAGCGUGUUGUAUCGCACGUCAAUCGCGGUGUAGUCGAGCAUAGUUUCACGUCAUAUUAAUUAUUAAUUGCUCGAGACCAAUAUCAAUAAUUUCGUCUCAUUAGCUGAUCAACGGAAGAUAACAACCCAUCAGACGAACUAGUUUAAAAGAUUAUCUAUGGAUAAUCCAUGGCGCGCCAGAGGUCGGGCUCGUGGGCCAAGACCUCCUCCUCCUCGUCAACCACAACAGUUUCGAGGACCUCAAACAUUACCUCCCCGAUUUGGAAAUAUGCCACCUCUAGUUGCUCCACAACAACAAUUUCGAGGACCUCAACCACUUCCGCCACAAAUUAAAAAUUUACCACCUCAAGUUGUUUCACAACAAGAAAUUAGACCAUCAGAAGUUGAAGCGGUUGGACAAAUAACGAAUAGAAACAAUAACUUGGCAACAGGACAUGCAUCAAUGCCAAUUGGUAGAGGUGCAGUUCGUGGUCGUCAACCUAUAGAAAAUGGGUAUUUUAGGUUAGAGAGACCAGUAUCUUCAAAAUCUGAUAAUGGAAAACAAGGAAAAGGAGGUCAAUCUAUUGAGUUAAUAUCAAAUUAUUUUCCAAUAACUACUUAUACUGAUUGGAGUUUAUAUCAGUAUAGAGUUGAUUUUAAACCAGAACAAGAUAGAAUAAAUAUUAAAAGAGGGCUAUUGAGCGCGCAUAAAGAAUUUUUAGGAGCAUAUAUUUUUGACGGAACAAUGAUGUUUAGCAGAAAAAAAUUGGAAUCUGAUACAAUUGAGCUGACAUCAAAACGAAAUACAGAUGACCAAAUAAUAAUAAUUACUUUAAAAUUAACUUCAGUCAUUGAAAAGGGUGAUUAUGCUUCUAUCCAAGUUUUUAAUAUAUUGUUACGUAAAUGCCUUGCUAAUUUGGAAUUGACACAAGUUGGAAGAAAUUACUAUGACUCAGUAGCAAAAAUUGGUAUUCCUAAUCAUAGACUUCAACUUUGGCCAGGUUAUGAGACUACAAUUGGAAUGUUUGAUUGUGGUCUAUUAUUGAGGGCUGAAAUUUCAACUAAAGUUAUGAGAGAAGACACUGUUCUAGAUUUUUUAAUAGAAUGUUCAAAUAAUAGAAACAGUAACCCUAAUUGGAUGAUGGCUUUUAAAAUGGGUGUUAUAGGAAGUAUAGUUUUAACUCGAUAUAAUAACCAGACUUAUCGAAUCGAUGAUGUUGAUGAAGAGUCAUGUACUAAUUCAACAUUUCUAAAAAAAGAUGGAUCGAGUAUAUCAUAUAUAGACUAUUAUAAAAAUAGAUAUGGAAUAAAUAUUAGCAAUCAAAAACAACCAAUGCUCAUAUCAAAAAAAAAAAAAUCUUUCAGAAUUGAAGGCGAGGAAACAGAGCUAGUGUACUUAGUUCCCGAAUUAUGUAGUAUGACUGGAUUAACAAUUAGGAUGAGUGAAAAUAAAACUCUCAUGCGGGAUUUAGCACAGUAUACAAGAGUGGAUCCAACAGGAAGAAUUGUCAAGUAUAAUAAUUUUAUUAAACGAGUUCAUACUACCCCCGAGUCUGCAGAUACAUUAGCUCAAUGGAAUUUAACAUUGAGUAAUAAACUCAUUACAGUUAAUGCUCGUGUAUUGUCAGAAGAAAAUCUUAGUGGUGCUGAUAGUCACAAAUAUCCAUCUGGCAAAAACGCUAAUUGGACAUCAAACUUACGUAAUACAGCCAUGUUUAGAAGGGCUAUAAUCCUAUUUUGGGUUUUAGUAACUCCGCGUCAGCAUAGUUCUGAUGUUGGAAAAUUUAUUGAUACUCUGCUUAUGGUAGCAAAUGGCUUGGGUUUUACAUUACCAAGACCGAGAAUAGUUGAAUUACCGAAUUCAAAUAUGAGAACAUAUUCAGUUGAAUUGGAUAACAUAGUUAAUACAUUAAACCCACCAUUUAUUUUAUGUGUCACAGCAUCAGCUCGUAAUGAUCUAUAUAGUAUGAUUAAAAGAAAGCUAUGUGUUAGUAGAGCAGUCCCAUCUCAAGUUGUGUUGUUGAGAAAUAUACAAAACAACGAUAAGUCAGUUUGUACUAAAAUUGCUAUACAAAUUAAUUGUAAAGUAGGAGGAGCGCCAUGGAAAGUUUCUAUCCCUGAAUUGGGUAUGAUGAUAGUUGGGUUUGACGUCUUUCACGAUAAGCAAAAUAAAAAUAAAUCUUAUGGUGCAUUCAUAGCCACAAUGGAAGACAGUCACACUAAAUAUUUCAGCUGUGUUGAAAAACAUGAAAGUGGACAAGAAAUCUCAACCUAUUUUUCAACGAGUAUAUCUAAGGCUUUGAUUAAAUAUAGAGAGAAAAAUCAUAAACUUCCUAAUACCAUUGUCAUAUACAGAGAUGGCGUGGGAGAUGGACAACUAACAUAUGUCCAUAAAACUGAAGUAGAAAUGGUAAAGAAAACUUGUAGAGAGUUUUACGGAGAGAAAAAAGUUGGUUUGGCUUUUAUUAUAGUUAAAAAACGUAUCAGUACAAGAUUUUUUUGUAAAACUACAGUUGGAAAAAACGAAAAUUAUCAAAAUCCACCAGCUGGAACAGUUAUUGAUAAUAGUGUCACUGACCCAACUAUGUAUGAUUUCUAUUUGGUGCCUCAGCAUGUAACAAGGGGUACAGUUACGCCAACCCACUAUAAUGUAAUUUUGGAUACUCUCAAUGAAACUGCUUCACAACCAAUUACACCCGCAAUUAUACAAAAACUUACUUAUAAAUUAACUCACAUGUACUACAAUUGGUCGGGUACGGUAAGAGUUCCUUCUGUAUGUCAACUGGCACACAAAUUAGCAUUUUUGGCUGGACAGUCACUUCAAAGUAAUCCAAAUCCCGGUUUGGAAGAUUAUCUGCACUUUUUAUAAGUUUUUUCACUGGCCACUAGAUAUAGACUUAAAUCUAACACAUUUUAAACUUGUUAUAUAUAUUUUUUUCACUUUUUGGAUGAGGUUUAUAUUAUUGUUAAAUUUGAGUAGACUUAAAAUUUUAAAUCAUAGUACAAAGCAGUUCUUAAUUAAUGUUCUGCAACAAAAUUUAUUAUUGUGCCUUUAUUGUAGUGACUAUUUUAAUAGAUUUUCACUUGUUACUUAUUAGGUACAUUUUUUAAAUACCUAAUAAAAUAUUACUUAAUAUUAUUAUUUAAACCAAUAAAUAAUUUUAUAUUAUA